CCCAAACGAUUUGAUAAAAGCUGAGCUCGAAUAUAAUAGUUUUAGAGACGUUAUGGAAGGGAGAAUGACUGCCCUUGCACAACAACUCGUUUGCAGUGCGCACGUCACAGACGGCGCCGCGGGUGCAUUUGCGCAACUGUUAUCGUUGAAAAGCCGCGGUCUGACAAGAACGUUGAAAAGCGAUACCGGACUCUACAGUACCUGGAACAUACGGGUCACGCGGUCGAGGAUCGUCCACCAGUGGAACGCAUUGACGAAGGCAAACAGGGCUCCUGAGUUUCGUAACUGGCUGCGCAAUACGUACUUUUUAAAAAAGUUUUCACAAACGGCGCCAAGAAUGGUGCAAGGUGAAGAUGCAAAAGCCCGAUUAUACGAGGCAGUUCAGCGACGUCGUAAGCAGCCCUUGCUGGUGCCCACAGGGGGGCGACAACAAAAGCCCGAAGAAGGUCAAGAAGAACAAGAAGGGGAAGAACAAGGAGAACGAAGUGCAGCAUUUGUGAACAACAUGAUUGGUCCUAAGAUCUUUAUAGACUGGCUCGAGACUCCUGCUCUCACUUACGAUUCCGAGAUGGCGCUGGCGGUGCGUGGUAAAUCAAUGUUAAGGCCUCGACGUCGCUUAAUCUUCCAUCUUUUAGUUCUUCCAUCUGUGGCUUGCUUUCAAGUAGGAAAAGGCAAAGGGACACAGUAGAUGUAGAUCGGGAAAAAGAUGGACAACUGUAGUGAGUUCUAACUAUGUCAGUUUUUGCGUAUCGAGAGCAGGAAGCACAAAGGUCGUACUCUUUGGAGACGAAAGUGGACCCCCAACAGGGUCGGCUAAAAAGUAAACUUGGGUUUCGCAUUUCCAGUCACAUGGUCUGCCCUCUCGUUUUAUUAGGGCAAGAAAUCGAUGAAAUGAAGGUAACAGGACAUCAAGGACGACAAGGGCAGGGACAGCAAGGGGGUCAUCCGCGCCUUCAAGAGCAGGUGGAAUACUUCCGGAAAAAAACGGAUACAUACUUCUUCGAGAAGAACGCCGAUUUAUUUGGAAGAGGAGGAAAGGACGCAGAAGCAGGACAGCAGUAUAGUAUAGUACCACGACCUUCUUCAGUUGCGAGAGCACAACAAGAAAAUAUAGAAAAGAUUUUGCGGAUGCUUCCGGGAGAAGGCCGCAUGACAAGAAACGACCGGAACAAAGGGAAGAAUCAUCAAGGAGACCUAGAUGUUGUUGAUCUAGAGACAGGCGUCCAAGUACAAAGACAAGAGGUACAAGAACAAACUCCUUGGCCUUCAGGAGGCGAUUGUCCAGCAAGGGUUCCAGAGGUAGCACAAGGGGGACCAGAAGGCGAUGUUGGAAGUUAUUCUCGUGGUCGUGGUAAAGAUGAAAAGCGGUGCUCCGUCUCCUUUCCAGAUGGAACACGGAGAUGCACUAGCCUAGCUCGACUGGAUUUGGCUGCUGGUUUCGCACUCGAACCAAGGGGAAACAGACGCGAAGCCUAUAGGAUCGUAGAUAAAGGGACUGAAAAUGGCAAGAGAGAGGAAAAGCUCCGCGGAUUCGUUAAAAAACUCGAAGAAUGUGAGAGUCACGAAGACAAACAGAAUGCUCUCGUCAUGAUUUGGAGGUACGGCAAAGAUGAAUGUGGAGGCUAUUUGAAAUUACCAGACGAUGUUCGAGCAUACCUUGAAAAAUUACCUCCAGAUGUUUACUCUGUGGGCAGUUGGUUAGGGCAGUAUGAGGCUGCAAUGGCUGGUGCUAGGAAAGCUACAGAAAAAGCAGCCGCAGAAAAAGCUGCUGAGCAAGGUGCUGAAGAAGCUGCUAGACACGCUGCUAGACCACGACCUACCAUCGCUAAAGAAGCUGCCCCUCUUGCUAAAGCUAAUCAUGGUGCUGCUUCAGGAGAACUACCUGUACCUGCUAAACAAGCUGCUCCUUCAGAACUACUUUCUCAAGAACAACAAGCUUCCCCUAAAGUAGAACGUCCCCUAAAAACGAAUCCUCGGCUCCAGGGAUUAAUCGAUAACUAUAAGAAGUUGCGCUCAGGAGAAGGUGACAGUACAUGGGCAGAGAAAUACCGUACUUUAGCUGCUUUGUGGGAGGAGAGGAGGAAACAUGAAUUCUCUACCAUCCUCGAUAGCUUUGAACCCUUACUGGGCGAUCAGGAAUGGGACCCUCAUUCAGAUAAAGUCUAUUACCAACCUGGUGUUGGGAUGCUGAGACGAGUGAGUCUGAAUGUGACAGAGCCAAGGGAAGAAGUUGUACGAGAGGAACAGAAGGAGCCUUCAGAAGUAGCGCACCAUAAAAGUAGCUGCGCGGGGCGCGGAGUUCUUUCUUUUCUAGGGCCUUCUUCACCUUCUUCUGCACAUAGAAGGGGAGAAAGCACGGAAGAGUCCUUUAUCAGAAAUUGGAAACUGUUAUUGAAUCAAUGGGAGCGAGCAAGAAAAACGACGUACGAGGCAAGGUACCACGCUUUAGCUGCGAUUUGGAAUUACAGAGAUAUGCAGAGGCGUCAUCACAGACGUGAUUUGAAAAUGCAAAUGCAAGAGUAUGAGGGAGAAAUGCUCCGAGAUUGGUCCCAAAUAUGGUUCUAUGAGCACCAAAAGGCCAACGGAUUGGUUGCAGAAGAUGGUGGAGAAAGUAGUGGGUCAUCUUUGAAACACGCCGCGAAAAGAAUGGUACAAGGACUACAAGCACAAGGGUCGCCAGCUACAGAGAUUUCCGAAGUGGGAGAGCAUGCUAUGUUGGCGAUUUGGUUUUACAUAUUCUCGGAACGGAACUUCUACGGAGCAAAUGGAAGGGACGUAGUGUUGCCGCAGGAUGUGGUGGGAAAUCUUGUGCAGGGCCAGGGUGUUUACUGGCUCCUGUGAGUGUACUUGACGUUGUGUGAAAUCUUCCGCAGGGUACUUGUUGUCAUCACUUGCUGUGAGUACUUGGACGGUACUUGACGUCGUUGACGAAGGGUGAGUCGUUGCUGCGCAUAAGCCAUAUCCAUAAGGAGCAAAACAAUUCAUGAGAUGAAGUGGCAAUAUUUAUACAUAGAUACAAGUUCUUGCAGUUCUUGUACCAGCAAGCUAUUUGUAAGCGAGAAAAUGUAGAUAAAAGAAGGUUCUUAGGUGUAUUAACAUGGGGCGCUUUUUAUCGAAGCAUAAUGUUUGUUCGUAUCAUUUUUCAAAAAACUGAGAGAAGACUUGAAUGAACAGCAACAAUUUCAUUCUGUCGAUGCUUAAUUAGUGGCGUUUCAUUUGAAAUCGUCUAUCUCUGAAAUCUUCAUCUUCUAAGUACUUACUUAAUUAAUCUUCUUCGUCAACAUACUCAGGAGUAGAAACAAAAAGAGCACGAUUAGAGCAGCUCAGCUGUAGAGAAGGACACUAAGACGCAGACUAAUACUUGAAUCUGUAACGGAACCUUUGCUUAGUUAUUAUACCACAGAGGAGGAGUCUACAAGGAAUCAAUGGUUUUUACAAUCCAUCAGUGAUUUGCACCUUCGUGAGAUUUGCACCCUCUCUUGUAUCAUCUAUGACGCUCUUGUGGCAGUCUGCACUGAACUUUGUGCUCACUUGCAAAAAUACGCAGGUAGGUUUUGAUAUAUCGGAACUCGCCCGCGAUACAAAAAAAAAAAAGCGAGAUAAAUUGUAUUGUAUUGUACUCCUUACGCUUUAGAUGAAAUCAAGCCGCGCAAAUCUUCGUAGGCGGCAAGAAGAGAGUUCCAGAUCAGAAGGAACUAGUCAAUGAAUUGGAAUUUCUAAAGUUUUUUUUUACCGACACGCAGUACCAAUCCGUAGAUGUAAUUAGUUAGAUGCACAGCAUUCUAUCAACGAAGGAACAACGACGAGGAUGGAAAAAUGUUUUCAAACUGACAGGGAGAAAAUCAUCAAGUUAACAAUUGAUGUUCACAAACUAGGGACGUGUUGAAGGGUAUUGCACUUAACUUGAAGUGUAGCGCUCGAACAAGUUGCAACUGC